GACCGCCAGUGGAGUCUUUCAAUUUGCAAUCAAUCGCAACCAACAUAGUGCAACCGGUUUUGCAACACAAGCUUGUUGACCAUGCAACUGGCUGCCGUGUUCAACACUUUACCGACAUCUCUGCACCACACAGUCAGUCAAACCCUCUAGCCUACAUAAUUUGUUGUUGGGUAGUGAGUAGUCUAGUUGAUUGCAACGCGGGGCUAUCCCGUGAAGUCGAGGAAAUCGGUUUUCCUGCUUCCUUGCCUUGUGUCGAUUCUUUGCACUACCGUCCGUUUGCUUAUGACUUUCCGCUCGUCGCUGUCUUGUCAACCGCGCUGCAGGAGUCUCGUCGUCACACUCAUUCACUCACGUCUGUCAUGAGUGCACGAAUUCCUACUCUUUCGCAACUUCCUCUCAACUUACAGCAUGAAAUCGCAGACUUUGUGUCACGAGAGCAGGUCAGCGCUCUGCAGGAGUUGCUCAAAGAGACGAGACCGUCGCGCGAGAUGUCGACGUGGCCCCCCAAGGAUCCUCGCGAGAUAAUCGAAGCGCUAGGAGAACGAACGUUAGACGAUGUGCGAGAGAUAUUUAUAGACAUCGGAUUGGACGACGUACUGCCUCUGCUAGACGAUGCAAGAAGGCGACAGAGGAGGUCGAACAUGAUGUCAAGGUCAAUCGCAAAUGGUGAUGCUUCACUGUCUGAUCAGACUUCGAGCAUGUCGUCCAGCUCAUCUAAUGCGUCGGACUCGAGCAGACACAGCCAAGCAUCUCAUUCAGAGAGAACGAUAGGCGAUCCUCUUGUUAUUGACGAGCAGCCGAUAUCUUGUCCGGUAUGUUUGGGUGGUACGGCUGCCUUCUAUGUCGGUGCGACUUGUCAAGUGCAGUAUUGCAUCUCCUAUCAGUGGUUCAAGGUCAAAGAAAAGGUGCAAGGAGCAACAAGCGAGAAAUUGAUAAUCGAGAAUGUCCAGGCUGGUGAUAGAGGUCUAUUCACGUGCCGUGUCUCCAUCAGUGAAAGGAAUAUUCACUUGUUUACUGAUUGGUGUGAACUCAGUAUUGUUGAUUUAGCAAUGUGUCCACCAACAAUCGUCACGCAUCCUCAAUCUCAAGAAGUCAUUGAAGGAGAUGAUGUUACCUUCACAGUUGACGCUGAUGGUGUGCCUAAUCCUGUCUAUCAGUGGUAUAAGAAUGGUGUACUGUUGAAGGGCAACACAAGAAAGAAUUUGACACUGGAAUGUGUCGAAUCACGUGACUCUGCAUCCUACUGCUGUUCUGUAGAAAACGAGAAUGGAAGUGUUCUAACAAACACUGCACAACUGAGGGUACAAUCACGAGAUCCACAACAUUCUCAUGUCAAUUCUCUACCAAUGAUUCCGGCUAUUUCGUUGCACCCUCAGUCGAUGGAGGUAACCGAGGGCAGUCGAAUUCAAUUGAGCUGCCAUGCGAUAGCUCAGACUUGUGUUUACUACCAAUGGCACAAGGAUGGGCGGUCUUUGAUUGGCAGUGGUGAUGUUCUCACGUUUCCGUCUGCUCGGUUGGCUGACAGCGGUCAAUACAGCUGCAGAGUAUUCACACCACAAGGGUACGACAACCUUUCUCAACUUGCUUGCGUAAGAGUCGUUAGACGACCGGUCGCUGAUCCGGUUGAUAUUGCAUCCAUGACUGUAGGUCCAUCGUUUUAUAUUGUUGCUCACCCUCGUGACGUUACAAUUGAAGAAGGAGGAGAUGCUGUAUUCUCUUGUCACGUAGAGUUGAACAUUAAAAAGGUUAUCAUUUACUAUCAGUGGUAUCGACAUGAUGGACUGCCAUUGACGAAGAAGGGCCACGAUGAAGAGCGCCUCGUGCUUAAUAAUGUAAAACUGAGUGACAAUAAUACGAGCGUAUAUUGCGUAGUUAGUGACCGAAGAGCAUCAGUGAAGUCUAACUUGGCGCAGUUGGUGGUGAAGACGGGUCAUCAUAUCGACGGACUGGGCUCUCUUGAUUCCAAAUCAUUGCCAAACACGGAUUCUGAUGUGCAUAUUGUGGAGCAGCCCGUGUCGGUCGCAGCUCAGUUGGGAAAUCGAGUGACAUUAAGUUGUCGUGCAGAGGGGCCAGGAAAGUUGACAUAUCAGUGGAGCAAGGUCGACGCACCCCAUGGAAUGCAAGAACUGUUUAGUAGCAAUCGAUCGGCUCUGAUUCUGUACUCGCUGUCUCAUUACAACUGCGGCAAGUAUGUGUGCAAAGUGACAGGAGCAGACAAAGCCAUGGCAACAACAGAUCCCGCGGAAGUGACUAUUUUAGAAGAGGAUGCUUAUUCGGAAUAUAAUUUGUAUUCAGCCAUGGCAACUGAUUUAUCAGAAUCUCUGAUCUCAUCAGAACCUAGGAUGUUAUGCUCCUCACGCAGCAAUGAUGAGUCUUACCAGUCUUACCCUGACUCUAAUCCGGCGGAGUCUAGUGCUCGUGACUCUCUCGCAUCGUCGAACUACUCCAAUCGUUACGAACAGUCGCCUCACAGUUUGAGUCCUACGAGCCCUAUCAGUUGCUCAAGACCUUUGUCUACGACUUCCUCUACUCAUCAGGAUCCUGUUGCCACCUCGAAGUACGUUAAUGUUGAUGAUGUUGUAAACCCUCGUUUUGUACCAGAUGAGUCUCAUUCGUCCACGCUUAGCACACUGCGACGCGAGAUGGCUCAGUGUUCGUUCAUCAAGCAACCUGAAAGUCAAGAAUUAGUUGUCGGAGAUACUUUACGUCUCACUGUUGAUGUCGUUGGUUUUCCGAUUCCGUCUUAUCGUUGGUACAAGGACAACAGAAUGCUCGCGACGACAAGCAAAGUUCUGGUCACGAAAGGAGUAAACGUGGACGAUGGCGGGAUUUACUAUUGUGAAGCGGUGAACGAAAUGGGGAUCGUGCAUUCGGAGGAUGCAUUUGUGAAGGUCAAGUAUAAUUGACGACUCGAGAUAUGAGCCACACAGUGAAAAUCCGUGAUUUUUGAUUAUUGUAGAAACACAUUAAAUUGUUUGUUUUUUGCCUGCUGUUGCUAUCUGCUAAGCAGUCAUGGUCUGGUGUAGUGUAGGGUACGAUAGAAGUAUCACUGUUUUCGUGUCUACCCAUAGUUUUCAUUGUGUGUGUAUUGUAUUUGCAGUGCAAUAUUGUGGGGUGUAUAUGCUAGGCAUGAUAUGAUUCAUAAACACAGCUCGUUGUAAUUGAACUUGUGUGAUAUUUUUCAUGCACGUCUGGUUGAUUUCACGUAGGGUAGAGAUUGUGACAUACAUGAAUGUAUAGAAAUUGGUGGGUUGUUGGGAUUUAUGCUUGUUGUAUGCUUUGUGGUUGGUGUAUAUCAAUGG